GCUUUCCUUCCCAUGCUGCUCACUAAUCAUCAACCUCAGGUUGCAUGAUCCUCAGGACUAUCAGCUCAGCCCUUCUCUCCCAUAUACCAUCACAGUCUCCUAUCCUUGCUGUAGAGACCCCGCUCUCUGAGCCAGGUGCACAUUACUGGUCCAGCAUUGUCACAACGUGCACAUGAAAGCAACAUCUGGUAAACAAGCCAUUAUACAGGGGGCAGGAGAGAGGUGGGGACACACCACCAGGCUGCUGUCAUCUCAUUUUGUUCUAUUACAAAACGCCAGGAGCUGCAGUUCUUUCCAGCAAAAGCCAGAAAAGCAAAGAGGCUGAUGAGAAGCGAGGGCUGCAUCGGGGGCUGCGGUGUUGAUGGACGGAUUGUAAAGCUAUUAGCAGCCCCUUCCCAUCAACUCUGAAGGCAGCAUGGAGCAGUCCAUCUCCAUUUCAUCACUGAUUUCUGUACAGUGCCUAGUAUACAGUGGACAUUUCCCAACAUGCCUAUCACCUGAGAUAGCUCUUUGAAGAUGGUUUGUCUCCCCACGUUGCAGAUAAACCCAACAUACUAAAAAGCUGGCAGCUAUGCCAGAUCACACUGAUGUAUCUUUGAGCCCAGAGGAGCGUGUCCGUGCCCUCAGCAAGCUGGGCUGUAACAUCACCAUCAACGAGGACAUCACUCCCAGGCGCUACUUUCGUUCUGGAGUGGAAAUGGAGAGAAUGGCCUCUGUGUACCUGGAUGAAGGGAAUCUUGAAAAUGCCUUUGUUCUCUACAACAAAUUUAUCACAUUGUUUGUUGAGAAACUUCCUAAUCACCGAGACUACCAGCAAUGUGAAAUCCCAGAAAAACAGGUUAUAUUAAAGAAAUUAAAGGAAGUUGCAUUUCCAAGGACAGAUGAGCUAAAAAAAGACCUUCUCAAGAAAUAUAACCAAGAAUAUCAAGAAUACUUUAAAGAUAUAAAUGAGAGAAAAGCAGAAUGUCUGAAGAAAAUGGAACAGCAGCAACUCCUCGAGGCAGAGAAGAAGCGAGUGGCACAGCUCCGACAGCAACAAAUAGAAAAUGAGCAGUUCAACUUUUUUGAAGACCAGCUCCGGAAGCAAGACAUGAUGCGAGACCAGCUGAAACAUCAAGGGAACCUUAGCCUUAAGUCUAAGGUGUCUGAGCAAACAGAUGGCACCAUGAUAUCUUGUUUUCCCCCAUCCAAAGGCAAUUCAUUGGCUAAUACAAUGUCUGGGAAAGCUGUCAAAAAUGAUGCAGCUUUGUAUGCUGGACAGUCUCCACCGAUAAGCCGGGCUUUAAAGCCAGCAGCAACUCUAAGUGCCGUACAAAAUGAAAUUGUGGAAGGAUUGAGGAUAGUUGUUCUGCCCAAAGAUCUCUCUCAAAAAUUUCUGCAGCUAGCCGAAGCAAAUACAAGUAGAGGAAUUGAGACAUGUGGGAUUCUUUGUGGUAAACUGACCCAUGAUGAAUUGACCAUUACACAUGUAAUUGUACCAAAGCAGUCUGCAGGGCCGGACUAUUGUGACAUGGAGAAUGUGGAAGAAUUAUUUAAUGUACAAGAUCAGCACAAUCUUCUCACCUUGGGCUGGAUCCAUACACAUCCAACACAGACAGCUUUCUUGUCCAGCGUAGAUCUUCACACUCACUGUUCCUACCAGCUCAUGCUACCAGAAGCCAUUGCUAUUGUCUGUUCACCAAAGCACAAUGAUACUGGGAUCUUUCGGCUCACGAAUGCAGGCAUGCUGGAAGUUUCUGGAUGUAAAAAGAAAGGGUUUCAUCCACACAGCAAAGAACCAAGGCAAUUCAAUACUUGCAGACACGUGAUUGUAAAAGAUGCAAAAAUUUCCGUGCUGGAUCUGAGGUGAUCAAGGAACGUCGGUAUCCGCCUUCCACAGAAGGAUGACGAUAAGGCUGCCAGUUUUCUUAACCCAUUUCCACAAUUAAUCCAUGGACUUUUUUCUCAUUUAUACAUUUUAAAUGUGAUGGUUUAUUUAUUGCUCCUGUACAUUUUGAAAUUUAUUUUGUUUACUUUGAUUUCUGUGACCACACAGGCCAUAAAAAUGAAAAUCCGUACCAUCCGGUGUGUGUAGAUUCUGACGUCGAACGAGGCCUGUAAUUAAAAGUGCGCUUCAGAUACAUCCA